CUCUUAGGCAACGAUGCCAUUGAUACCCGGAAAGAAGCGUUUGUGGACUGCAUCAUUCUCUCUGUGAGGGGUGGUAUUAAUCUUUGCUUAUCGGUGGAGCUGUCCGCUGGUGUCUGGAGCCUUUCACUACAGUACCCCGCCUAUCUUGGCUCCUCCUCAAUCCCAGGCUAGAUCUGCGAUAUCUUCCUACGCUACUGCUCACUUGUCAGGACACUCUGGUUAUUAUAUCACGAUUUUUGAAUUCGCAUACGAUUCUCAAGCCUAACGACUUGAACACUCGUCGAGAAUCACCCAUCAUGGAAACUCUAAAAGCAGUCUUCUUCGGACCUGAUCCGCAGGCACAGAUGAGAAAAUGCAACCAGCUCAUCCGUGCCAACACCCGUCAACUAGAUCGAGACAUCUCCCAGCUGAGGCAACUCGAGAGCAAAACCCGACAAUUCAUCAUCAACGCUUCCAAACGAGCCGAGCGAAACCCCUCCCAAUCCAAGCAGGCCAUGACGGAAACCAAAACCUUCGCGCGAGAGCUCGUUCGCAUCCGCAAACAGUCGACCCGUCUGAACACGAGCCGCGCGCAACUCCAAAGCGUCCAGAUGCAGGUCAAUGAGGCGUUCGCGGUACGGAAGAUCCAGGGCAGUCUGAAGAAAUCGACGGGGAUCAUGAAGGACGUGAAUACGCUGGUCCGUCUGCCGGAGCUGUCGUCGACCAUGCAUCAUCUAUCGGCUGAGUUGGUGCGGGCGGGCAUCAUUGAGGAGAUAGUGGACGAUGCGAUGCCGAACAACGAACUGUACGAAGGCGAGGACGACGAAGCGGAGGAGGAAGUCGACAAGGUGCUGCAGGAGAUCCUCCAGGGUAAGCUGUCGCAAGCGCAAGGACCCGUUACGGAGCCGCCGGUGGAAGAGCCCAAGGUGGACGAGGAGGAGUUCGAGUCUCGGCAAGCCACUUUGGGAGAGAUGCGGGACCGGCUGGAGGCUUUGAAGAGCUAGCGUUGGCACUGGGUUAGGAACUUUGGUUUCUUUUCCCCCCUUGUUGGUUCUUGUGUUGUAUGGGAGUUUGGCGGUGCAACUGUUUCUGUUUUAUACAUCUUAUAUAUAAAGGCCGGUCCUUAUUCAAUCUUAGUGGUCUGUCGUUAUGCGCUAUAUAAUAGUGGUAAGUAUUAAG